CAUUUUUUAGUCUGCAUUUUGGUAAAUUCCCGACGCACAACACUCUAUACCAAUCACAUCCACAUUAACAACAAUAUCAAUCUAUCUAAAAACAAGAACUAGAAAACCAUCGAAGCCAAUAUCCAUGGCUCUGCUGCAUCUGUAACCUCCACGAAACACUGAUCGCCCCAAUUUCUCGAUCGUGUCAGAAACGGCUUCUGCGCCGGGUCUGAUUUUUCAGUCUCUCCUAUAAGUACCUCUCACUCGUAUGUCCUCGUGUCCUCACUUUCUUUCUUUUCUUCUUCUCAGUCCAUACUGCCGUUCUUUAUCUCACCAGCCAUCCCACAAUGAAGGCCGUCGCCCUCCUUGCCCUCCUCGCCGGGUCUGCCGUCGCAGCGCCCACCCCCACCAUCGAAGAGCGCCAGUUCGAUCUCGGCGGUAUUACCGAGAACGGCGUCACUCAGAACAAAGGCUGCCAGCCUUUGACGUUUAUCUUUGCUCGUGGUACGACUGAGCUGGGGAACAUGGGGAGUGUUGUUGGGCCGCCUGUUGCGAAGCAGCUGAGCUCUUUGACCAACAACAAGGUCACUGUCCAGGGUGUCGAUUACCCUGCCGAUGCAGCUGGCAACGUCUCCAUGGGCUCCUCCGGCGGCCCCCAAAUGGCCAAACUCGUCAAGCAAGCCCUCCAGCAAUGCCCCGACACCAAGGUCGUGCUGGGCGGCUACUCGCAAGGUUCGAUGGUGGUUCACAACGCGGCAAACUCGCUCAGCGACGGCCAGGUCACUGCCGCCGUGCUCUUCGGUGACCCGUUCAAGAUGCUCAACGUGGGCAAGCUGUCUAGCGAUAAGGUCAAGGAGUUCUGUGCUGCUGGGGACCCUGUCUGUGAGAAUGGGUUUAAUGUGAUUGCUCACUUGUCGUAUGGCGGGGAGGCUAAGACUGCGGCCCAGUUCUUGGUGCAGGCUGCUGGUGUUUCUUCUUAGAUACCUUUAUGUGUGUUAAAUUAUUAGAUGAGAUGACGAGUUGCUGUCUUGUCGUUUGUAUAUCCUUGGUUAUGGACUUGGUGCUGGAUGCUGGGUUUAUGAAUACUGUUAUAUUAUCUUAUCUCGAUGAUCAAUAGAAAGUAGGUCGUGUUCAGCUGAAUUAAAGUGCAGUUUACCUGCAGAUUGUUGUAUGUGCCAGUAUUAGUAGUCAAUAG